GGGAGCGUGCGCACGGCCCGCCCCGGGCGCGGGCGGAGGAGAGAAGGAGGGGUGCGCGCGGCGUCCAGCCCGCAGAAGCCGGGAGCAGCGCAGGAGGGGAGAGCGCCAGCUGCGAGCCCAGGCGAGCCGAUCUGAUUUGUAUCCACUGCGAUCAGCACUCACUCCCUUAGGACUUUCCAGACCAGGGACUCCAGAGUAACCAGACUCCUCACCCGAAGGAGACUGUAAUUUCCGAUUCCUGGGUGGAGGAAAACAAAAACACUCUGGUCUUGCUUCCAAUGAUGCAAGUGUGAUUGCUGGCGUCUUCAUGAGCUCCCGAGGUCACAGCACGCUACCGCGGACUCUCAUGGCCCCUCGGAUGAUUUCUGAGGGAGACAUAGGAGGCAUUGCUCAAAUCACCUCCUCCCUCUUCCUGGGCAGAGGCAGUGUAGCCUCCAACCGGCACCUCCUCCAGGCCCGCGGCAUCACCUGCAUUGUCAAUGCUACCAUUGAGAUUCCCAAUUUCAACUGGCCCCAAUUUGAAUAUGUUAAAGUGCCUCUGGCAGACAUGCCUCAUGCCCCCAUCGGACUGUACUUCGACACCGUGGCCGACAAAAUCCACAGUGUGAGCAGGAAACACGGGGCCACCUUGGUGCACUGUGCCGCAGGGGUGAGCCGCUCGGCCACCCUCUGCAUUGCCUACCUGAUGAAGUUCCACAGCGUGUGCCUGCUGGAGGCGUACAACUGGGUGAAAGCCCGGAGGCCUGUCAUCAGGCCCAACGUGGGCUUCUGGAGGCAGCUGAUAGACUACGAGCGCCAGCUCUAUGGGAAGUCGACAGUUAAAAUGGUACAGACGCCUUACGGCAUAGUUCCAGACGUUUAUGAGAAGGAAUCCCGACACCUGAUGCCUUACUGGGGGAUUUAAGCCACCAAAGCCACGCCUGCAUCAGCAGCCCCUCGGGCAGUACCAGCAUCUGCUACACACCGUCCACUCCCCUCUUCACCUUUCUUUCCAAAUGGUUGACUCUCGGCUCGCCCUGAAGUGUUUUUUACACUGGGUACUCACGUUUAUUCUAAGAAAGGGGAGGAGGGGAGGAACGUAGGGGAACGCGUACAUUGCUAGUAACAUUUUUAAAACUAACUAACAUUUUGGAAUAGUGUUUAUGAAAAUCUUUAACUGGCUUUUAAUCAUUUUUAACAAUUUGAACAGUUUAAUAAACUGUUUGGUUCUGCUCUAUUCUCAAUCCCAUGCCUUCUGGCAUCAUGGGAGGAGCUCAGUGCAAAAAUCACUUUGGGUCCUGAUUAACCCUUUCGAUACAAGCUUUGCCCCAGGCUGCCGACCAAACAAAUGCUUAGGGAGGAUUGACACCGGCGUCAGUCUCUACCAGAUCAGCCCUCCUCUUUCCUUCUGAAUUUCUAUUUAGUGACUCUGUAAGUUAAAAACCAAGCCUUUAUUAGUUAGCUGUUAAGUAAUUAUAAUGAAAUCUGCUGCAAACACCCUCUUGGAAUCAAUGUGUCCCAGGACUAUCUAUUAGCAUUAUUUUUAAUAAAUAUACCUGCUUAUCAUAUUGGAAUUUUUACUAAUAAGAAUUUCAAGGUAGAGUUCCCUUGUGGCACAGUGGGUUAAGCAUCCAGUUUUGUCACUGCAGUGGCUUGGAUUGUUGCUGUGACAUAGCUUUGACUCCUGGCUCCGGAAUUUCCGCAUGCCUUGGGUGAGUCAAAAAAAUACUUCAGGGUGUGUGUGUGUGUGUGUUGUGGAUGGAAGAUACUCUCCAGUAACUACUGAAAUUUGGCUCCUGUGAUAAUUAUGAACAUAGCUUAAGCUACACACCCCAGUGAAUGUCAACCUUUCAUAGCCUUGCAGAUGGGCAGAUAUUAGUAUCAUUUACAAAGUCAGAACAGAAGAAAACAACAUAAGUACACUCUAAGAAAAGGUACAGUUUCCAGCUGUCUCUUGGUUAGUGGAGUGUAGCAAAGCACUGAGGCUGCCAUCAAAGAAACUGGUUUUUAACAAAAGGUGUGCUUACUGGCAUAUACAAACAUGCCCUAAACCAAAACUCGAUACAAAAUGAUGAGCAGAGAACAAUGGUUUUCUUUGUUCAAACUUGGAAAUGUCACUGCUCCUCAUAAAUUGACAGCACAUCAGGAACGUGGUAGAAGUUCCUAUUAGCUCUUCUCUCUUCCAGCUCCUGGGAAACCACUGGGAGUUACCACGUUGCCCCUUUUAUGGGGGAGUCACUUGUCCCAGCACGGCCUUAUAUUACUUCAUUUGCCAGGUAGGUUGUAGCUUGCUUACCCUGUGGCGAAAUUUCCUAGAUUUUGGGUCUACUUUGGCAAGAAGCUCUACAUAUAAUGCCAGUGGCUGCAUAAUUUAUAUAAAUUAUACUAUUGAAUUUUACCUGGUCUGUGGUGAUGGUUUCCCUCUAACUUCUUCCUUUUAUUUUAUACAAUUUGCCCACUUUUAUAAACAUGUACCAUUUUUUUCUAAAUAGAAAAAUUAAAAUGAAAUAAUUUCUGUGGGAAAUCAGAGCAACCCAUAUAUGCCUCAUUAGCACAUGAUCAAAAAUCAAUCAGAAGGAGCUCUCCUGUGGUACAGUGGGUUAAGGAUAUAGCAUCAUCACUGCAGCAGCUCAGGUUGCUGCUGUGGCGUGGAUCCAGUCCCAGGAACUGUGGUCUGCUGUGGAUGUGGCUGAAUAAAUAAAUAGAAAAACCUCUGGCUAUGGAGGCUAUCUAUGGCUUCUAUAGUAUGAAGGCAAGCUUUUUUUUUUUUUUUUGUCUUUUUGCCUUUUGUAGGUCCACUCCCUGGGCAUAUGGAGGUUCCCAGGCUAGGGGUCCAGUAGGAGCUGCUGCUACCGGCCUACGCCAGAGCCACAGCAAUGCGGGAUCCAAGCCACGUCUGCCACCUACACCACAGCUCACAGCAAUGCCGGAUCCUUAAUCCACUGAGCAAGGCCGAGGAUUGAACCUGUAACCUCAUGGUUCUUAGUCGGAUUCGUUAACCACUGAGCCACCAUGAUGGGAACUCCUGAAGGCAAACUCUUAAGCCUGGUAGUCUUUGGAUAAGCAUCCAAAGAUCACUGUAUAUAGUAACAAAACACCUGUUGACAUAUUCUUAGCAAUUAAGAAAAAUUUGUUGUAGAAAUCCUGCAAACACCACUACUAGGAUGUACCUUAGAGCAUUCUUAGCACUUGGGAAGCCUAGCACCUUUCUACUCCAAAUGUCAGAGUUUAUUAGCUAACAGUUACAAAGGAAGGUGUGUGACCUGGAAGGUGCUGGGAAUUUUUGUAGUGAUAUGCAGUGCAGAACCAGUAUUUCAGAUUUCUUUAACACAAAGGUCCUAAAAACUUUUCAAAGCUUAAAAACACACUAGUCAUUACACAAGAGGCAAGUAGAAGGCCUCUGUAAAUAAAAGCUAUGUAUAUGCACACAAAAUAUACUCAGAUAAUUUAAAAUACACAACCUAUAUGGAGUGCUAACCAGUAGCCACAGUCAGAAUAAAACAUAGAUAAUAUCCUAAUAUACCCUGUGCUACUUCUACCUCAAGCAUGUCCAGACAAAAAUUACACCGUAAGCCACAAACAUUUUAAAGGCAAGAUCCAACACCAAAACAGUGCUUAUUAAUUGCCACUCAAGCAGUGGAGUGAAGCAGCUUGCACAAUGCACAGUAUGGAAGUAACCAAGGUUACUGUUUCCAAGGACACGGGGCUCUUGGCUAACAAGAGCUAAGGUGAAGCUGAAUGCAGUGUUGAGUCAUUUUAAUAAAGCUGCAUCAAUAUAAUCAACACGACAGUAUUCCACACUCCCCAGAUCUUAAUUGGUGGACGUUAUAAAACAUUUCCACUACUAAACAGAUACUAAAAGUAGUGAAUACUCUUCAUGAUAAGGGCUUUCUGUCGAUGGCUGCUGUCUUUCCCCCUUGCACCUCCCAUGGAGUGAUUAAACCUAUCAUACCUGAUAAGGUCAGCAAUAAUUAGGAAUUUUAUCUGAGCCAUUCUGGAGUAUAUCUAGAAAUGGAAACAAAUCUAGUUAACAGGCGAGCAUGCUUUUAAAAAUGUCACCAAUAUGAACCACUGUGACAGAAUAAUAGUCCAUACCGCAUCUCUUAAAAAAUGUCUCUGCGAUGUAAAUUCUGUCCAAGUAGGAGGCAUUCUUGUGGCAAAGGUAGAUUCUGUUAUCGUGGUCUGUCGUGGAAGGUGUAAGACCGAACAGAAGGCUGCUUGAAUUCUGGUGCCAUGUCAAAACCCUAGGUGCUUGCGCAGGCUCAAGAGGGGCCCAGAGGCCUCAGACAAAGCCUGCUAGACCCCGGCCCGCUUGUACUGUCACUUACACUCCCUGGCCCUGGCCCCGGCCCCACGGGCGGCAGGUAGAGGCUCUGAAGGUAACAAGUUGGAGAUGCUGAAUCCGUCACUGGCAGCUGGAGCUGCUCUCCAAUGAGAUGGCCCAUUUACCUCAUGAGCAUUUGCCCGUCCGUGCAUCCCAGCUCACAGCACCAGCACGGCGGGGCAGAGGCCUCGUCCGGCCCGAGGAGUGUGGACGAAAAGGUUCUCUACUUCCUGGGAGAGGCUGGAAGUAAAAGGCGGAAGGAAGGGGGGACAAAACAGCAUCUCCUCAAGUUUUGUCCUGAGGAGGGAAAAUGACCUCAUUAAUUAGGUAAAGCAGCAAUUCUAGAGACAAAACCAACCUUUUCAGUUUCCAAAUAAAAACCACGUCAAGGUCAGAGAGCUUAAGCCAUAAAAGUGAAACCCUUAAGAUUCACAAUCUCUUCAUAAAGCGCAUAAUUAACAACUGAGAGAAAUAAGUGUCCUAGAUUGGUGUGUUCUUCUCAGGAACAACAGUGGCUUCCCCCCCCUCCCCCGAUUUUAUGCAUUCAGUUGAAGUGGCAAGAUUCUCAAUACCAGCUUAGGCAUGAACCUCUUCCUCCUAAAAUUCAGUGCCGCUUUUGAACAAUUUUCUUCCCCUGCUUCUAAGUCAUGUGCCUCCACCACAGACACACGCCUCACUUUUCUCGCUAGGCCAGGAGCUCCCCCUUCUAACCCUCAGUGAAUUUUCAGGUCACGGUCCCUGCACAGUCAUUUCUGGAAAUCUGGACAGAGGCCUCUGCAAAGAGAUUCCAUUCAGCUGCCUCUGCGAAUCUUGCCUGAAAAAAACCCCAGCAUGUUCCCUGUCCCAGUGUGAGGUAGAACAAGGCUUUCAGCGAAGGCUCCCGAGGGCAACGAUCCUCAUCCUGAUUCACCAAGAUCUGGGCCUCCCUCGAGACGAACAUUCUUCUCCACUGCACAGUUCGCAGCAUGUUUUGAGAAGGUCAUCUCAAAAGUUGGACAGUCUUAGAAAAGUGGAGAAGUGGUUCAGGGGCGACAGGUUGGUAUGUCUGCCUUUACUUACCUGCUUGUCCAAUGGAGAGAAGCAGAAUUUUUUCUAUAAAAAGAAUUUCAGUUU